CCGCGAGUCUCUUGUUUGUGUCAUCCGCCAUACUGGCUUGGCAGCAACUUCCGGCUCACGUUGUUUGUCUGGCUGUGUCACUCACCUUUUACGAGCCUAGUAUAACAAAAUGUCGGAGACGGACAGCGGGACAGCGGAGUGCUGGGAGGCGGCGGCAGACGACAGCGGCGACAGCGUGGAGGCGGCGAGCGCGGCCGUGACCACCACCCUCAACGUUAACGCCCCGGUCUUCAUCCCCAACGUGAAUGCCCCAGAGUUCGUCCCCAGUUUCAUGAAGGACAACGCAGGACACACCCAGCCAGCGGCGCCAGAUCCUCCUCCGGAGUCGGUAGUGACAGAUGUGAAAGAAGAUUCCACCAUGGUCAACAAUGAUGGAGAUAUUCCUGCAGAUUCAUGGGAGCUGGCUGCUGAUGCUGCUACUCCAUCCCCAUCCCAAGAGACUCCACCCUCACCACCAACACCCACCACCCCAGAUGGUGAUGAAGAUGAAGAAAAUGAAUGUGUAAAAAAGAAGGUUGUCCUAGAAGAUGAAGAUCAGUUAGUGAAGAAGGAACCAGUCAAUGUUAUUUUCAUUGGACACGUUGGUAUGUGGAAGCUGUAUGAUAUUUCUGAUUGUAUGUAUAAUCCUUAUGCAUUUUAUUAUAUCAUAUAGUAUGUGCUAUGAAUA